UAUGUGGCAGUUGAUACUUCUGGCCUGCCUGCUGCCUGGCCUCCAGGUGCGGGCAGCAUUCCUGGAGGAUUGCAAGGGGGUCAUCAUUCCCAAGAUACCAAACGAAAACAAGGAGUGCAGCCAGUUUGUUCAUUGCGAUGGCGAUAACUCCUAUUACUGCAAUGGGGAUUGCGAGGAGCCGGUUCAGUGCUAUCAGGAGGAUGAAGAAAUAACUACAGAAGCCUUGCCACCCACAACUACAGCUCUGGUUCCACAGGAGAUCUCUUCAGACGAGUCUACCGCAGUCAGUAUAACCACCACCACAGCUGCUCCACCAGAAACCACUCUCCCACCGACUACUCCCAGUUCUAUCACCGAUGUUCGAGUGCUGUGCCGGAUCAGUGGCAAAAACGGAGUAUAUCCGUAUCCGGCAAACAGCAACUACUACUAUCAGUGUAUGGGCGGGUAUCUCCUCCUACAGCAGUGCCCGCAGAACUUUUACUUCGAAGCGGCACAAGGACAGUGUAUUUCCAAAAAGCGCUAUCGUUCAUCGGUCUUCCAGCUAUAA